CCCGGCAGCCGAGGGGACGCGGGUCGGAGGGAGGGGCAGGAGUCGAGCCGGCGGCCGCAGGAGGCGGAGAGGGGUUGCGCUCUCAGCCGGCCACAGGCGGCAACGAGGAAGGGGCGGGGCCGCGCGCCGAGGGGCCGAGCCCCGGGACCGGCGGGGGGCGCGGGCCCUCGUCGUGCCGGGGCCACCACCGCCGCUCGGUGGCCCUGGCUCUCGGGUUAUGGCGGCGGCGGCAGCGGGGGCUGUGAAUGAAUUCUCCCGGCCGACGAGGAAAGAAGUCAGGCUCCGGCGGCGCCCGCAGCCCGGUGCCUCCCCGGCGCCCGCCCCCCGGCCCGGCGCCCGCCCCCGGCCCGGCCCCCCGGCCCGCGGCGCCGCCUAAGCGGAACCCGGGCCCCGCGUCCUCGCCGCUGGCCGCCGGCGUCGCGCUGCUGCGCCUGGUCGCCGUGCACCUGGGGCUCCUCUGCGUGUGGCUGUGCCAGCGCCUGGCGCGCGCCCUCAUGGCCGCCAAGAGGAGCUCCGGGGCCGCCGCGCCGCCCGCCGCCGCCGCCGCCGCCCCGCCGCCCGAGCCGGCCGGGGAGGCCGAGAGCCUUGUGCGCGCCUUCCACAAGCAGGCCUUCGAGUACAUCUCCAUCGCCCUGCGCAUCGACGAGGACGACAAAGCAGGACAAAAGGAACAAGCUGUGGAAUGGUAUAAGAAAGGUAUUGAAGAACUUGAAAAAGGAAUAGCUGUCAUAGUUACAGGACAAGGUGAACAUUGUGAAAGAGCGAGGCGCCUUCAAGCUAAAAUGAUGACUAAUUUGGUUAUGGCCAAGGAUCGUUUACAACUUCUAGAGAAGCUGCAGCCAGUUUUGCAGUUCUCCAAGCCGCAAACCGAUGUCUAUAAUGACAGUACUAACUUGACAUGCCGCAAUGGACACCUCCAGUCAGAAAGUGGAGCCGUUCCAAAAAGAAAGGAUCCCUUAACACACGCUAGUAAUUCCCUGCCUCGCUCAAAAACAGUUCUGAAAAGUGGAUCCACAGGUCUUUCUGGCCACCACAGAGCACCUAGCUGCAGUGGCUUAUCCAUGGUUUCUGGAUCGAGACAGGGUCCAACACCGGCAGCUCCCUCUUAUAAGAAUACUCAAAAAACAAAUAGAACAAAUAAACCUUCUACGCCUACAACUGCUGCUCGAAAAAAGAAAGACUUGAAAAAUUUUAGAAAUGUGGAUAGCAACCUUGCUAACCUCAUCAUGAAUGAAAUUGUGGACAAUGGAACAGCUGUUAAAUUUGAUGAUAUAGCUGGCCAGGAAUUGGCAAAACAAGCAUUGCAAGAAAUUGUUAUUCUUCCUUCUCUGAGACCUGAGUUGUUCACAGGGCUUAGAGCUCCUGCUAGAGGAUUGUUACUCUUUGGCCCACCAGGAAAUGGGAAGACAAUGCUGGCUAAAGCAGUAGCUGCAGAAUCUAAUGCAACCUUCUUUAGUAUAAGUGCUGCAAGUUUAACAUCAAAAUACAUGGGAGAAGGAGAGAAACUAGUAAGAGCUCUUUUUGCUGUGGCUAGAGAACUUCAGCCUUCAAUUAUUUUUAUAGAUGAAGUUGACAGCCUGUUGUGUGAAAGAAGAGAAGGAGAGCAUGAUGCCAGUCGACGUCUAAAAACCGAGUUUCUAAUAGAAUUUGAUGGUGUACAGUCUGCUGGAGAUGACAGAGUUCUUGUCAUGGGAGCAACUAAUAGGCCACAAGAGCUUGAUGAGGCUGUUCUCAGGCGUUUCACCAAACGAGUGUAUGUGUCUUUGCCAAAUGAGGAGACAAGACUACUUCUACUAAAAAAUCUAUUAUGUAAACAAGGAAGCCCAUUGACCCAAAAAGAACUAGCUCAACUUGCUAGAAUGACUGAUGGAUACUCAGGAAGUGAUUUAACAGCUUUGGCAAAAGAUGCUGCACUGGGUCCUAUCAGAGAACUGAAACCUGAACAAGUGAAGAAUAUGUCUGCAAGUGAGAUGAGAAAUAUUCGAUUAGCUGACUUCACUGAAUCCUUGAAAAAAAUAAAGCGCAGUGUGAGCCCUCAAACCUUAGAAGCAUACAUACGUUGGAAUAAGGACUUUGGAGAUACCACUGUUUAAGAAAACACUUUUAAUCCUGCAGAACAUUUGACUUUCCAAGAAACAAACGUGCUGUCUUCAGAGAAUAGUUACCAACUCCAGCAGCUCAGCCUAAGUUUACAGAACUUUUCAGUUUUAUAACUUUUUGUGCACCCCAGAAGAUGAACCAGAAAACAAAUUUAAAUGCACAAUGCAAAUAGAAUAUUUUGUUUAAGGUUUUCUUGCCUCCGUUGUCAUGGUCAUACCAGUGAAGACUGUAAGUGCACCCCAAAAGAAAGGAGGAAAGAAAGAAAGAAAGAAA